CCCCGGGUCGCUGGCACUGGCCGCCGCCUGCUCCUUCCGGCUCCUCCCCGUGGCGCGGAGGGCGCGUGAGCCGUGGCGCCCGGUGCCAGCGGCGGCGAGGACCAUGGUGCUGCCGAACAUCCUGCUUACCGGUACACCGGGGGUUGGAAAAACCACGCUAGGCCAGGAACUUGCAUCGAGAUCAGGACUGAAAUACAUUAAUGUGGGUGAUUUAGCUCGAGAAGGACAGUUAUAUGGUGGCUAUGAUGAAGAGUACGAUUGUCCCAUUUUAGAUGAAGAUAGAGUAGUUGAUGAAUUAGAAAACCAAAUGAGUGACGGUGGAGUUAUUGUUGAUUACCAUGGUUGUGAUUUCUUCCCUGAACGAUGGUUUCAUAUAGUUUUUGUGCUGAAAACAGAUAACAGUGUACUGUACAAAAGACUUGAAACAAGGGGUUAUAAUGAGAAGAAACUAAAUGACAAUAUUCAGUGUGAAAUUUUUCAAGUUCUUUAUCAAGAGGCAUUAGCAUCCUACAAGGAAGAAAUAGUGCAUCAGCUGCCCAGCAAUAAACCAGAAGACCUAGAGGAUAACAUCAAUCAGAUACUGAAAUGGAUUGAGCAGUGGGUCAAAGAUCAUACGUCUUGAUUAAAACAAGUGGCCACUUAACAAUCACUCUUGAUGUAUCUCUGCCCACAUCCUACAAAUUGUCCAAAUAUCAGUGAAACUUCUUUAUUAAAAUUGUGCUGCAGGACUAGA